AUGCCGUGCACGUGUGCCGAGUGGCGGCGGUGGAUCCGCCCGCUGGUCCUGCUGCUCUACCUGGCUCUGCUGCUGGCCGUCCUGCCGCUGUGUGUGUGGGAGCUGCAGAAGGAUGAGGUUGGGACUCACAGCAAAGCCUGGUUCAUCGCAGGAGUGUUUGUGUUCCUCACCAUCCCGAUCUCCCUGUGGGGCAUCCUGCAGCACAUGGUGCACUACACCCAGCCUGAGCUGCAGAAACCCAUCAUCAGGAUACUAUGGAUGGUGCCAAUCUACAGUUUGGACAGUUGGCUGGCUCUGCGGUAUCCCAGCCUGGCCAUCUACGUGGACACCUGCCGGGAGUGCUACGAGGCCUACGUCAUCUACAACUUCCUGGUCUUCCUGCUCAACUUCCUGAGCAACCAGUAUCCCAGUCUGAUCCUGAUGCUGGAGGUGCAGCAGCAGCAGCCGCACCUGCCGCCCCUGUGCUGCUGCCCGCCCUGGGCCAUGGGAGAGGUUCUGCUGUUCAGGUGCAAGCUGGGAGUUCUCCAGUACACUGUGGUCAGGCCCGUAACCACAGUGAUAGCACUCAUCUGCCAGCUGUGUGGAGUUUAUGACGAGGCCAACUUCAGCUUCAGGAACGCCUGGUCCUACCUGGUCAUCGUCAACAACCUGUCGCAGCUGUUUGCGAUGUACUGUCUGGUGUUGCUCUACCGAGCUCUCAGAGAUGAGCUGAGCCCCAUCAGGCCGAUGGGCAAAUUCCUCUGCGUCAAGCUGGUGGUGUUUGUUUCCUUCUGGCAGGCCGUGUUGAUAGCGUUCCUGGUGAAGGUCGGCGUGAUCUCAGACAAACACACCUGGGACUGGGACAGUGUGGAGGCUGUAGCCACUGGGCUGCAGGACUUUAUAAUCUGUAUAGAGAUGUUCCUGGCUGCCAUCGCUCACCACUACACCUUCACCUACAAACCCUAUGUACAGGAGGCGGAGGAGGGAUCUUGUUUCGACAGCUUCCUGGCCAUGUGGGAUUUCUCUGACAUCAGAGCUGACAUCACAGAGCAGGUCCGCCACGUCGGUCGUACGGUCCUCGGUCGUCCCAACAAGAUGUACUUUGGCACGGCGGUGCGGCCCGAGCACACCGAGCACACCGGCCUCCUCUCGGCGAACUCUCAGGACCCCGUCUUCAUGGCGACCUCCUCCAUGCCCUCCUCCCCUUCCUCCAGUGGGCGGUACCAAGGCCUAGGCCACACCCCCACGCCACAUUCCAUCUCCGCCCCCGCCGGCUUCACCUCCUCGUCCUGGGACGACGACAGCGACCAGGGAUCCUGGCCCCCGCCGGCGGGCGACGCCCUGCAGCAGCAGUGUGACAUCACAGCGUCCACAUAG